UCUCUUUCUCUCCUAGCAAAGAAAAGAUGUCCGCCUCUGUCAGAAGCAUGCCUUUGACAUUCUGCCGGGCUGCAAGAUUCGCUUUCAGAGCAUUUAAUCCAGCUACACGUCCACUGAGCACAGGAUUUUGCUUAAGAACAGAAAUCAGGCCUGCUGAUGGAUCGAGGGACAUCAUUGAGUCCACAGAAGAGUUCAAGUUUGUGGAGAGAUUAAUUCCCCCUUCACGCAUCCCAGCUCCUCCUAAACACGAUGGACCUGCUCCUUCAGGAUGGACCCCACCGUCAGACACACCACCGUCACUACCUUACAUGAUCCGUCGCUCCAGGAUGCACAAUGUACCCGUGUACUCAGACAUCAAGCAUGGGAAUCAGCACAGCACUCUGAUCAGGAAGAUUGAAGGAGACAUAUGGGCCCUGAACAAAGAAGUUAAAGAAUUCCUGCUGGGGCUGACAGGCAAAGAUCCUCCAACACAAGUCAAUGAAAUAACUGGGAGCAUCAGAGUUAAAGGGCAGUUUGAUAAAGAGCUGAAGGACUGGCUGCUGAACAAGGGAUUUUAAAUGCACAUGCUGGAGUCACAGGACUGAACUGCAAUAUUGAAAAAGUGAAGAGGAAAUCUAUAAUAAUGCUUACUAUAAUAAUGCUUACUCCAGCAAACAACAUCGGUCUCUGACAAACUGUACACUGUCACUUCCAUUUUUUCAAGACUGUUUUGCCUUUGUAUUACAAAACGUAAUAAUUAUAGCAAACAUGUUUAUUUAUCAGGUGCUUUUGUUUCGGUUUGGAGGAAAUAAAUGUAAAAUAUUGCCACUAA